AAUCAAAUUCCAAACAGAUGUGGAAAGGUUCAAAUGAGAGCGAAUAUUCUAUGACUUCCUUUUUGGAACUUGAGAAUUAACAUUUAGUAAGAUGUGCAUGGUGCCGGAAAACAACCCAAACAAACAUGCUAGUUUUCAAAAAGGAUUUUCAGGGAAAUGUUAAAACUGUGCAGAAUGAAAUUCAUUUGCUUAGCCAUGACUACCAAAGAUUAUCCAUCAUUGUGGGGUUUUGGAACAACAAAAACAUUUAAAAUUCCCGUUGAACAUUUGGAUUUCAAGUAUAUUGAAAAAUGUUCAGAUGUUAAACACUUGGAAAAAAUUCUUUGUGUGCUCAGGUCUGGUGAGGAAGGAUAUUAUCCUGAACUUACGGAAUUUUGUGAAAAGCGCCUUAAAGGCUUGGCUCCUGAAAGUAGAGCUUUGAGGAAAGAUAAGCCUGCAGCAACAGCAUCCAGCUUUACAGCAGAAGAAUGGGAAAAAAUUGACGGUGAUAUAAAGAGUUGGGUAUCAGAAAUUAAAAAUGAAGAAAAUAAAAUAUACUUUCAUGAAACUGAAACAUUUCCAGUGGUGGAAGAUAAUUUGCCUCCAGUUCGUGGUUCAAACAGCCGUCUUCAUGUUAGUAAGGAAAAAUAUUCUAAUAGUAGACCAACUAAAAAGAAAAUCCCAAGGGAUUAUGCAGAAUGGGAUAAAUUUGACGUGGAAAAAGAAUGUUCAAAAAUUGACGAAGAUUACAAAGAAAAAGCCGUAAUAAACAACAAGUCACAUUUGUCUAAAAUUGAGACAAGAAUAGACACAGCAGGUCUAACUGAGAAAGAAAAGACUUCCCUUGCUACUCGUGAAAAGGAAAAAGGAAAUGAAGCUUUCAAGUCAGGAGAUUAUGAGGAGGCUGUGAUGUAUUAUACUAGGAGUAUAUCAGUGCUUCCCAAUGUAGUGGCCUAUAACAAUCGCGCUCAAGCAGAACUCAAGCUACAGAACUGGAACAGUGCUUUUCAGGAUUGUGAAAAGGUGUUGGAGUUAGAACCUGGAAACUUAAAGGCUCUUCUGCGCCGUGCCACUACAUAUAAACAUCAAAACAAGCUCCAGGAAGCUAUAGAAGAUUUGAAUAAAGUACUGAAUGUUGAACCCGAUAAUGAGUUGGCCAAAAAGACCUUGUUGGAGGUUGAAAGAGAUCUGAAAAAUUCUAAACCUGCACCUAAGACUGAAACCAAAGGGAAGAGAAUGGUAAUCCAGGAAGUAGAAAACUCAGAGGAUGAAGGUGGAAAGGACAGCAGAAGAAAACAUGAAGACAACAGUGGAGAUAAGAAGGGCGCGGAGCCGGCGGGAGCCAGGGGCGCCGCGGAGCCGUGCGCCAUGGGCAACAUCCAGAAGAAGCUGACCGGCAAGAGCGAGGGUGGCAAGCGGUCGGAGAGGGGCGCGCCGCGGCGGGGUCGGUCGCCAGGGGCCGGCGCGGACAAGCGGGGCCGACCGCGUGCUUCGGCGGCGGCGGCGGAGGGCGGCGCCAGCCGGCACCCUGGCGGCGGGCGGGGCGCGGGAGACCCCACCGCCGCGCCCCCGUCCCCCGCCGCCCCUCUCGGCCCCGCCGGCCUGAAGAGCCAGGGCAACGAGCUGUUCAGAAGCGGGCAGUUCCCCGAGGCGACCCUCAAGUACUCGGCGGCGAUCGCGCAGCUGGAGCCUGCAGGAAGUGGAAGCGCAGAUGAUCUAAGUAUCUUAUAUUCAAAUAGAGCAGCGUGUUACCUAAAAGAAGGAAACUGCAGCGGCUGCAUUCAAGAUUGUACCAGGGCUCUGGAACUUCAUCCAUUCUCCAUCAAACCUCUUCUUCGACGAGCAAUGGCCUAUGAAACUUUAGAGCAGUAUCAGAAAGCUUAUGUGGAUUAUAAAACGGUGUUGCAAAUGGACUGCACAAUCCAGCUAGCGAAUGACAGUAUUAACAGGAUAACAAGAAUUUUAAUGAAUCUGGAUGGACCAAGCUGGCGGGAGAAGCUGUCACCCAUUCCUGCUGUGCCCACUUCCACACAUUUACGAGCUUGGCAGCCUGCCACAGAGACACCCCCAGACCAAGUGGGAGACUCCUGUAGCCAUUCCCAGCCUGGCAUCACAGAUGAAAAAAUGUUUAAAACCCUUAAAGAAGAAGGAAAUCAAUGUGUAAAGGACAAAAACUAUAAAGAUGCCCUUAGUAAAUACAUUGAAUGCUUAAAGAUUAACAACAAGGAAUGUGCCAUUUAUACAAACAGAGCUCUGUGUUACUUGAAGCUGUGCCAAUUUGAAGAGGCAAAGCAGGAUUGUGAUCGGGCACUUGAGAUAGAUAACAGGAAUGUAAAAGCGUGCUACAGACGAGCUCUGGCUCAUAAAGGACUCAAGGAUUAUCAGAAAAGUUUAAACGAUCUCAAUAAAGUUCUUCUGCUGGAUUCAAGUAUUAUUGAGGCAAAGAUGGAACUGGAAGAGGUAACCAGACUCCUUAAGGAUAAUGCAUCAUUCAACAAAGAAAAAGAGAGAAGGAAAAUUGAAAUUCAAGAGGUGAACGAAGGCCAUGAAGAAGAGCCUGAAAGGACCUCUGAGGAGGUGUCCAGUGACUGCUUUGCCACCAGGAAGGAGGACACAACCAAUGGGGCACCAGCAUACGGUGAAACACUCCCGAUCGCCAGGCCUACCAAUGCCUAUGAAUUUGGUCAGGUUAUAAAUGCCAUCAGCACGAGGAACGAUAAAGAGGCCUGUGCGCACCUUUUAGCCGUCACUGAACCGAAAGAUUUGCCAGUGUUGUUGAGUAACAAACUUGAAGGGGAUACAUUCCUCCUCCUCAUUCAGUCUCUGAAAAAUAAUCUUAUUGGGAAAGAUCCUUCUUUGGUGUAUCAGCAUCUUUUCUAUCUAAGUAAAGCAGAAAGGUUCAAGAUGAUGUUGACACUAAUUAGCAAGGGCCAAAAGGAGCAAAUUGAACAGCUCUUUGAUGACCUCUCAGACACACCAAACAAACAUUAUACUUUAGAAGAUGUACAGGCCCUAAGAAGGAAGAACAAGACGUAGCAAAGUAUGUUCACGUUUGGAAUGUGUUUUACUCUCUCAGCCAGUUGCCACCACUUAGACCACAAGGACCCCCAAAAACCGACGCAGAAGUCCUGCCUCUCAGGUCUCCACACAAGGGAUCUGUCUCCAGAAUGUAUUGAAUUUCUUCAAGUUCAUAGGUUUUGAUGCCUUUUGCCACACAUCAAAGUAAAGAGAUGGUUGAAAGUUAAUCGAUGGUACAAAGAUCAAUGAAAAACAAGCAGGAGAUAAGAGCAUAAGAGACUCUCACAGCUGUCUCUUCUCUUUUUCUCUGGGGAACUACUUUAGAGCAUAAACCUGGAAUUAAAUCCUAACUCUGAUACUCAGGAGUAAUGAGCUCAUAUAAAACUCUGUAUAAUCUCAAGGAUUUUAGGUUCCUCAUCUGCAAAAUGAGGAGGGAUAUCUUCCUACCGUUCAGGGUUGUAGUAUGAUGUAGUUUAUGUAAAAUACCUGGCGGUACUUAGUACUUUUAUCUUUCCUUCCAUGUUUACAAUUGCUCUCUUCCCAUAUGUAUAUCUCAUUAUGUUGCUAGAAAAAGAGAGCUCUUUUCAAGUAUUAUGGACACAAUGUUACAUUAAAAAAAGUAUUAUGGACACGUUCAUUAUUCACUUACUGGGUAAUAGAUAUACAUUAAGACCCCUCCAAUAGAAACACUACAACCAGAGAAUACUAGCCUUGGAUAUCUGUUACCAUCUCCUGGGAAUUAGUCAUGACAAAGUCAAGAAAUUACUCCACAGGUUGAGCAGCAGAGAAUCUAACAACAUGCAUCUUUCUUUUCCAACCUGUCACUGUUUUGAGGUAUGUCAACACAAACAGUUGCAUAUUCAGAGUCUGGCAUAGGCUGGUGGGUGCUUAGUAAAUGUUCAAUAAAUGAAUCUAGAGGACACUGCCCUAAAAAGGUGCUCUGGUUAACAAAAUUCAGAUUAGAGAAGUUCCUAUUAUUGACAAAUGUAUAAUGCUCUUCUAAAUAUUUCUCAGUGGUUCUUAGAAUAUUUGCUCAGAAUUGCUUGAGAAUCUUGAGUCCAAGGGGCUGGGAACUUAACUUUUAAAAUAUCUCUUCUAAUUCUUAGGCAAGUUGGAAUAUACAACCCAAUAUGCCAGAAGGCAAGUUGUGCAAUUACUAAUACCUGAGUUGCACAAACAUUGUAAGUGAACUAAACUACUCAAGACCCUCUGAAUAAAGUAUUGUGGAGGAUAAGUAAAAAGGACAGUUUCUGAUUUUAAUGAACUUAUGACUAAUUUGGAAGAAACAAAACCAAGUUCCAGAAGCUCUAGUAGGGGAAACAAAAGCAUCAACGCAAUGUUUGAGUGUCAAAGUUAUUACAAGGGCCAAGAGGAAUAAAUAAGAACAUUUUCAGGAGAAAGCAAAGUCUAAGCCAGGUUUUUGAACAGACUUGGGUGGAUAAGAAAGAGCUCAGUAUGAUUAAAUUACUUUUCUGCGGAAUUUUCAAUAUCAGAAAGCAAUACAAACCUAGUAAUAAUAACUCUGCUGCUGGAAGCUUCAUUGUGUAGCAGGCAGAAGCCAGACAGGAAACUCAGGAACCAAACUGACUUGGUUUUCUUUUUUUCCUUAGGGUUUAAAUAGUGACCUGUCAAAUCCAAAAACUGCUAAAAAUUGAACCUUACUGGCUACCUUACAUUUGAUCUCUUCUAUGUCAGCUUCUUACCUGAAAACAGGACCAAAUAUUUACUAUAAUUAAUCAGUGGGUUGGGAGGAACAAUUUUAAUCCUAAUUCAUAUGUGUGUGAAGACAAGGGCAAAGAUUCAACUAGAAUGGUUAUAAUAAAACAGACAAAAAAAAAAAAAAAAAAAAAA